AUGACCACCACCAGCUGUCAUCCUCGUUUCGGUUAUGAAUGCGCUAAAAUCAUGGCUGAUCAUUAUCCUGAACGUCUUGGUUUAGCAAUGUGUAUUUAUCCUGGACCAGCAUUCAAAGUUGCUUGGCAAGCAAUUAAACCAUUCUUACCACAAACAACCGUAGCCAAAGUUUGUAUUAUUAAAAGUAAAUCAAAAAUCUACUCAAUAUUUGAACAAUACUUUUCACCAGAAACAUGUACAUGGUUAAUAGCUGAAGUGAAAUUCAAUCGAACCAAACAAACACCAAUGAAAAAAUAUCGACCAUUUUGGUUACCACCACCAAAAGAUACCAAUGAUCAACAUGAUCCUAGAGGUGAUCAAAUGUAUGUUCGUGAUUGGCUUGUAUUAAAUCAUCCAACUAAACAUUUACCACAUCCAAAUAUUGUUGAUGAUAUGCUUGGUUGUUUAAAUUCAUUAAAUUAUGAGACUAGUACAUUGAACGCUAGUCAUUUGAUUGAAUCAACUGACAACAAAGAUUAUGGUGAUUUUGAUGAAAAUGAGAAUGAUGUAGAUGAUAAAGAAGAUGAAGAAGAAGUUGCCAAAAAGUUGGCAGCAGAAUUACCAAAAGAAUUUAUGAUCCCAGAAAAUGCAGAGAAAUUAACAUAA